AUGUCAAAAAUAACCUCCAAAAACCUCUCCUACGACAGCACCCUCCCCCCCUUCCUCCAACGUCUCCAAUCCAACCACGCUUCCACCUCCGACGGGCGCCACGAAUUCACCAUUUCGCGUCCGCGCAAACCCAUAGACGAAGACGCGGAGCGGGAAAGCGAGCCCGUGGUUUUCGACGAGGUGAGCGGCGAGACGUGGAGUAAAGAGGAGUGGGAGAGACGGGAGAAGGAACGGAAAGGAGAAGAAGAAGGGGGGGUGAAGGAAAAUGAGGGUGAGAGGGGAGAGGGAGAUGAGAUGGAAAAGAAAGAGAGUGCGAAGAUGGCGGUAGGGAUAGGAGGGAGUAAGAAGAGGAAGGUUGGGAAGGUUAUUGGAGGGUUGGAGGAGGAGGAAAUUGAGAUGGGAGAGGAAGAGGAGAAAAGUGAUGAUAAAUCCUCGAGUAAAAAAGAUACGGGGACUCAGAAGAAGAGCGAAAGUGGUAAAAUUGGAGCUACAGCCACAUCAAAGUCAAAACCUAAAGCUGCGGCGAAGAAGGGUAAAAAGAUAAAGUUGAGUUUCGGAGAUGACGAGUAA